GGGCCUCUUUGCUGUCAUUUCAGCCACCAUUUGUGGACCCGUCUGUGAGUUCCCCAGUGGCAGACUCUAGGCUGGGGCAGCUGUGUCGCGAAGUCAAGCGAGAGGAAGAGGAAGAGGAAGAGGAGGAUGCUGUCAUUGUGACCUCACAUGCAGGUAGAAGGCAGAGGAGACUAAGCCUGGAGGGCAGAGAGACCCCAGAGCAGUCGGCGGCAGUGGGGCAAUACGAGGCCUCGAGGUGGAGGGAAGGGGACGACAUCUCCCAGCCUCACUACAGUCGUCAUGGAGGUUAUGGAGCAGAAAAUGAGUGCGGGAGGAGGAGCCAACUGUGGGAAGGCCCUGCGCUAGCGGAACAUUCCGGAAAGGGGCCGAGAGAGCCGGCUUCCGAGAGCGAGGACCAGGAGGUCGAUGAGCAGCUGCUCCGGCGGAAGAGGCGGAGGAGGAACCGCUGGGUGGGCCAGGUGAGCAUGGACAAACUUCCGCGCCAGCAGAGCACAGAGGUUGCCAACGGAAACCUUUCUGCCAUGCACCUCAGGCCAGCCUUUUGCUUGCUGGACGUCAUGGAAGGGGACCUUCCCGAACCAGGGACCCCAAAGAAGCGGCGGCGGAAGCCCAACUGGAACAUGGAGGAGAAGACGCUGCUGUACAAGCUGGUGGUGGCGAACAAGGAGGCGGCGCUGGGCCUCGUCCCCGGGAGCAGGGCGGCCGCGCGGCAGGCGGCGUUCUUUGCAGCCGCGGGCAAGAGGGUGUCUGCGCUGGGCUACUACGAGAGGUCAGGCCUCGCCACCCGCAAGAGGUGGAACGACACGUAUGGGAACCUCCGGAAGCGGGUCAGGGCCUACCGGCGGCAGGGCCUGCCGUUCGACAAAGCAGUGGAGAAAGCCGUGAGGCCCGAAGAGACGGUCAUCCGCCCGCUGCUCUACCGGAAGAGGGUCAAGGCCGCCGGAUCGGAUGCCAGGAACCACGAGUGUCUGCCACACAGUGCCUUGCCAGAGGACCCCACAGACUCGGAGGACGACUCCACGCCCCCCACCUCAGACGGAGAACACUCGCCAGCUACAAAGGGGCCGCUGGGGGCUUCGCCAGGAGCCGGCCUUCGUCUUAGAGGCAGCUUGCCGGCACAGCCACAUUCUCCAGCCGCCCAGGAGGAAAUAGCAGUGGCAUGGAAAGAUGAACGCUCAGCAGGCGUCCAGCAGGUGUCUGAAGUAUCCGGCAACAGCUGCCGUUGGGACGACAGGGGCCGGAUAGGGACCUUCAGCAGUCGGCUGACCCUGUGACAAAUUUUGGGUGCUCCUAGCUUGCUGUUCUCCAAGGAAAUCUCAGUUGGAUGUUUUCGGUGCAAUCCUGCCACCGAGUUAACUGGACACAGCGGAGGCUGGGGACCUUUACCCCAGCAAACGGUGCUGCAGCAUUGCACCUUUUUACCAGCACUUCUGCGGCUGGUGGGAUCAUUCCUGCAUUGCAGGGGGUCAGACUAGAUGGCCUUUGGGCUCCCUUCCAAAUCCACACUUCUAGGGUUAUUAUUCCCAGGGAUUGUGAAUGCAAGAACCCUGAUUUCUCCCUCCUUGUUUUUUUCUUCGUACGUUGAAUUUUUAUUUACUUUUCUUCCUGUUUCCUUAUUUGCUACAUGUCACUGAACUGUGGUUUCGAUCAAGUAAAAAGAACUUUUUUUAAAAAAACAAAAAACCUACAUAAAUCACUGCCACCUUGGAUAUUUAAAUAUCCGUUGUAAUUUGAGAAAAUGUGCAUGGAGCGAACUAUGCAACACCCAACAGGAAUUGGGGAAGGAAAUGAAUCGGUUUUAAAUCUCUCCAGUAAGAAUAAAUGUAAUUUAACCAAGUUUGUUUGUUUGUUUAACAGGCUUCUGUUUGAUUUGUGUUAAAUGAAAUGUUCCUAUUUUGUCAUUUAGAUUUUUAGGGGUUGCAAUCCUACGGGGUAGAUUUUCAAGCACUUUAUCUACUUGGCUGUAACAGAUCCUUUUCUAUACUUCUUAAUUUUAUAUAUAUAUA